AUGGUUCCUCCAGCCUCUGCCUUGGAUCCCACCGGCUAUAUGCCAAUCGAGACAGUCGCAGAUGCCCGGGCAGUUGUCACUCAAUGUAUCGAUGGACUUCUAAAGCUGGUUCCUCGCGGUCCAGAUGAUCGAGAAGCUGCUCAAUUCUUAAGGCAGAACGCAACCUUUGUCUUCGAAGUUCUGGACCAAGUGUCCGGCCCACCCGCGCGGUCUGAGGCAUCCGAGCCUACAUUUUGCAUCACAGAUAUCCCGAGUGACACUCGAGUCGGCCUCAGACGGAAAUCUAUAACAAUCGUGGUUAACGGCCGAAGAUAUUGUGUAAUUGUGAUCUGCAGUUCGCAGAACCUUACGAAUCCCGAUCUGCAGCCUAGACACGACAACCAAUACGGGCGUCCUGAUUCGCCGUUGUCUUGGCCCUCAGAGUUGAUUCUGCCCGAAUUCUCUAUGUCACUUGAAACAUGUAAAACGAACUUAGAGGCAUCUCUGGCAGAAAUGUGGCGAGACUGCAAGGACAACAAAGGUUCGAAAGUAGAAUGA